AUGGCUGAAAAUAAUAUAAACAAGAAUAAGACAAGUAGUAAUGAAGAAUCAGAAUUUAUAUUAAGUUACAAAUUAUUUGUAAAAAUAUUAGAUAGAACUUUAUUACUUGCUAAAUGGUUUGAAGAAUCUGUUUCAGCUAUAAAUGAAUUUCUUUUAUCUAUUUAUGAUAAAGUUAUUUUGUUAACAAAAGAUACUAAUAUUUUGCCAAAUAAUUACUAUGUAACUUUUAAAACACAAAGAAAAGCAGAUACUAGUACCUAA